GGCGGUGGAGCACAGCAGACUGAGGAGAGACAGGAGACAGUGGAGUAUGGACGGAUGUAACAGCAGUCUGAGGAGAUCCGACGCCUGUUCCCACAGCAGACAGAAGUGUAUCUGCUGUCUGGACCGGAGCACGAGUCAGCCGACCUGUAGACGAGCACAGAAACCCAUGAUCCGAUCGUGCAGUGAGGGCGCCUACAGUCAGCGCUGUAUACCGGCCAGCGCCACCACUCAAUCCUUCCUCGAACCCCAGCACGUCACCAGAGUCCAGAGCAUGGACGUCUCUUUAACAACCAACAGUGAAACUUCACUUAAUUACACACUGUCUCCAGCCUCGUUCACCGAUGACGACUAUAACAUUCCCUAUAAAUGUCCAAUGAAUUUCACUGGACAGCAAACAUUAGAUGUGCAUGCAGGUGUGGUGAGGAGCUCUACGCAAGGAGCAACAAACCAGCCACGGAGGAACUGCAGACGACAGGAAGUCAGCAGUCAGGAAGUGCUGACUGAUUCGAGCGGCUGUAGCCGAGGUUCACCCGUGAAAGAGGAAGAUCUGCUGUAUUCUCAAAACAACUGCCAGGAAGUGGUUGAAUGCGCAGAAGUCAGAACUAAAGCAUCUGUCAGUAUCUCUGAGCCUAAAAGGGACUCAACACACAGAGGGGACAGACAGCACAGAGGUCCAGAGUCCCCAUCUAAAGUGUGUAGUCCAAGUAAGCGGGUCGGUCUGAGACGUCAGGCUCAUUUGGAGGUCAGUACAGAUCAACCACUUGACCCCUGGGUAAAGCUGACUGACAGCCCGGAGAACCAGUCAUACUGCUACAAAACCAUGAGUGACCUUAAUGGAGAUAGUGAUCUUAACGGCACAUCCUCUGAAACCACAAACACCACCUCAGACUCCAAAUCUGAGCAAUCUCCCAAUGUCAAAAAAGGCCCCCCGGUGGCUCCAAAGCCUGCAUGGGCACGUCAGAGCAUUAAGAGCAUUAAGUCUGGGAAACCGAUAACAGAAGCUUUGAAGCAUCCAGAUAACAGGAGUCAAGAUACUGGCAGGACCUUUGGGAUUAGUCUGAGGGCCGCUACAUCGGGAGCCAAUUUGUCAAUCAGGCAGAAGAUCAGCUCGUUUGAGACUUUCUCUAGUGCCGAUGGAUCCGAAAGGCCAAGCAGGCGACUGGCCCCAACUGCAUCUCUUCCUCCAGUGGAGAAGAUGGCUAAAACCUCAUCUGCAGACUACAGCAGUGCAGGGAGAACUAAAGUUACCACAAGCAACUUGCACAAUAAUGAUGACUGCCAGUCUACACCAACAAUUUCAGCCACCACCCAGCCUCCAAGAGAAGAAAAGCAGCAACCAGCUUCCCUCGGUUCAGAUAUCAUUUCAGAGCCCCAUCCUGCAGAGGAAGAAAAACAAUCAACUUCUCAUGAUUCAGAGCCCUGUAAGCCGAUCCCUGCUGAGGAACCUGCUCUUGACUCCACAAAAGAGCUUCCACCUGCUUCAGAGACUGAGCAAGAACCCUUACCUUCUCAAGACGAUUUGUCCCCUUCAAGCCACGUCCCGAGGAGAUCGAGUAGCUCAAAGGAGGGUCCUGCAGAAAAAAACGAAGGUGCAGGAACUCAUGCGGUGAGCUUGAGGACCCAGAGUCUACCCCUCAGUCCCUCUUCAGAUGCCCCCAACUCAAGCGGCUUGGACGGGGAGAGCCUAGGGAUCAUCUUGUCCUUCAGCAACCAAGUGUCCAAUGCUUUGAUGCGAUCCAUGCAAUCCCUGCCGCAGUCCCCUUGCAUUCGGUUUGGGAACCCUUGGAGCGCCCCACCAGGAUCCCCUCUUCAUAACCCAAUAGAGGAAGACUCUCCUGCUGAAAAGCCCCCACCAGAAAACAGCGAAAAGGGCUUCUCUGUAAGCUUGGCUAAACUGAGAGAGCAUACCAUCGAGAGAGGGGAGGAGUGUGAGAAGGAAGAAUGGAAAGCCGAACGACCAUUCACUUCAGCCUCAGAUGUCUGUGCCCAAUCCAUGCUAUCAGGUCUUCCGCCACAGGAGAUUCAGCAGAUGAUCCAGGAAGUCAAGGAUCUGGAUGAAGAAACGCUAAGGCAACUGGAAGACAUCCACGUUGUGAUUCUACAUAAAGAAGAAGGAGCUGGCUUGGGUUUCAGCAUUGCUGGCGGUAUUGAUCUGGAGAACAAAGCAACUACAGUUCACAGGGUGUUUCCCAGUGGUCUGGCUGCUCAGGAGGGCACCAUUGAAAGAGGAGAUGAGGUGCUGUCCAUUAACGGCCAAACGCUAAAAAACGUCACACACAGCGAUGCCACAGCGAUUCUCAGGCAGGCCCGCACUAUGAAGCAGGCGGUGAUAGUGGUGUCCAAGAACAAAGAUGCAGAAGGGAAGGGAGGCGCUAACGCUAAUGAGUCCAGCUGCAGCAGCGGGGCAGAAAGCAGCAUCACAGGGGACGAUGGAGGUGAAGUUGUAACAAUCGAGCUGGAGAAGAACGCAGGUGGAGUUGGAUUUAGUCUUGAGGGAGGAAAAGGCUCCAUUAAUGGAGACAGACCACUAACCGUCAACAGAAUAUUUACAGGGAGUGACGCUGAGCAAAAGGGGCUGGCGUCUGGUGAUGAGGUACUACAGAUCCAGGACUCGUCUCUGCAGGGUCUCACGCGCUUUGAGGCCUGGACACUCAUUAAAGGCCUUGAUGAUGGGCCGUUUACACUCGUCAUUAAGAGAAAAAAAUGCGAGUAGAGCUAAACUCCACUCAGAAGCACCCAGAAGAAAAUACUGGACUUAUUCCAAAUUUGAAUCGACUUUAAAUUAUGCAAAACUUCAUUUCAGGACUUGAGGAAAUGCCUCCACUUGGGAAAAAAUAAAUACACAUUACAAAACAAUUUCUUAAAAGCAGGGAUCCCAUAUGAUUUGACCAAUCCUUUUUCAACCAAUCAAUUUUCAUUUCAUUUUUCUUACAGAGACUGCAAUCAAAAAGAGAAAAUUUCUAUCCAAGUAAGGCCUGGUUUAACAGACAGGGCUUAGACUAAGCCAGGACUAGGCAAUAGUUCAAUUAGGACAUUUAAGUAAUUUUUA